CUCACCAUAGCCCACAUUGAUCAGUGGUCAAAACUUUAACAUUUCUUUAAUCAUAUCUUCUUUGUAAAUUUCACUUUACACAUUUAUAAAAGGCCUGGCCUCCAAGAAAUGAGUGUGUGAUUGAUUUCACCAUCAUAUCAUUGCCACAAUGGCUUAUUGCUUUAACUUUGUUGUAGUGAUGAUGGCUUUUAUGGCUUCCCCUUUAUUGUGUUUGUCUCUGCAUCAGACCAGCAAGCUGGAGGCUUCUGCCAUAUCAGAAGCUCCUUCAUCAAGUAUUAUUCCUCAAGUCUCGCCAGAUAUCGCUCCCCUACUGCCUUCACCUUCAGCUGGAUCUUCUAUGCCAACAAUCCCUUCAAAUCCCAGCAAGAAUCCCGAUGAAACGCUUCCCGUCAUCCCUGAUUCUGCUUUUGCCCCGUCUCAGUCUUUGCCGGAUUCUUCUGCAGUUUCCUUGAGUUCAUCAACAUGUUUUCUGUUUGGUUCUUCAUUGUUUAUCCUCACAUUAUCUGUUGUAAAGUGAAAUUACUAUUGUUGUUUGCCCGCUCUACCUUUCAUAUUCAUUCAAUUGUAUGCUACUGUUUCUCUGCAUUUUCAUUUGGGGAAUUGGAGAUCAUCAAUCUGAAACAAAUGAAUUGAAGCUCUCUUUUUUUUCCUUGUCA